GAAACACCACCAUACCUUGAGGUAAACUGAGCCCAGAUCUUACAGCUGUUUCUCCUGAUCAAGCUGGCCCAUCAGCGCCACUCUAUAUUUACCUUCAUCCUGGGUUACACGCAUGAGGGAGGAGGCAGUUGGGGAGGAUUUAAACAGAGCAGAGAAGAUGGACAAGGGUUAGCAGCUCAGGGACACUUUGAUUAAACACCAGCCUGGGUGGCCUCAAUGGCUGACUCAGGACCCUGUGAUGAUUCUCCCUCCUCUGGCUAUUGUAAACACUCUCUCUGCUGGACCCUGGCAGAGCUGUUAAGCCGGCAACUGGGUACCAAACAGCUCUGUGUCACAUGAGAGGCCUGGCUGGAGUCAUGGUGGCCCGGGAUACUAUUAUUAGCUGCAGGAAUGUACACAGUGGCCUCAUGGCGAGCUCCACAGCUCCUAACUGGAGAGCCGUGUCAUUUCUCCGUGUCAUGCUCCUUCUCUCUCCCUGACUACACCACCUAUAUUCACUCUGGACUAUGUUUUGGGUUUUUUUGGGUUGAAACUGACCAGACUAACAAGAUAUUUGGGAUAUUAUUGCUUUUCUGAGGGCAGGAGAAUGGCCUGUAGACCACGAGACGUUUUCUCUUUCAAAGACUCAGAACUUCCCUCCCACCUGCUCGCCCAGCUCAACAUCCUCAGGCAGGAGCGCAUCCUGACAGACGUCCUGCUCUGCACAGAGCACCAGGAGAUCCCCUGCCACAGGAAUGUCCUGGUGUCUAGCAGCCCGUACUUUCGCGCCAUGUUCUGCAGCAACUUCCUGGAGAGCAGUCAGGCCCGUGUGAAUCUGAAAGGAAUCUCUUCAAACGUCCUCGCUGGCAUCGUGGAUUAUGUCUACACAGGCUGCGUCACUAUCACAAUGGAUAUUGUGCUCCCGCUCAUGCAAGCGGCAUCCAUGCUUCACUAUGGAGGUCUCUUUGAGGCCUGCUCUCUGUUUCUACAGGAUCAGUUGAGUCCAGAAAACUGUCUGAGCAUGAUCCGGCUUUCUGAGAUCCUUCACUGUGAGAGUUUGAGGGAGAGAGCAAAGGAGAUGGCUGUGAGGUGUUUCUCCGAUGUAGCUGCGACAGAAGACUUCUGUGAGUUGUCUCUCCCUGAGCUCAUGUGUUACCUAGAAGAUGACCGACUUUGUGCUGAGGAGGAACAAGUGUUUGAGACCCUACUGGCAUGGAUCCACCAUGACCCCUUUUCAAGACGUGGCGCGAUACAUGAUCUCUUCAAGAAAGUCCGUCUUCGUUACAUCCAUCCAACUUACCUCUUCCAGUUCAUUGCCAACGACCCCCUAGUGCAGUCCUCCACACUUUGCACUGAGAUAAUCGAGUCAGUGCGUCGCCUCAUGCUUACAGUGAGCACUAAGUGUAGUCGUGAGCUCAAGCCACUUUGGACCACUCCACGCCGCUACACCUGCAGAGAAACACUGGUGGUGGUUGGAGGACGCAAAAACAACGAACAAACUUCACGAGAAGCCCUGCUGUACGAUGAAAGGACUCAUCGUUGGCAAUGGUUGGCCAAGCUUCCUCUACGGCUCUACAAAGCUGCGUAUGUGUGUAUUCACAGUAUCCUCUAUGUGCUUGGCGGGCUCAGCCUCUGCAUGACAUCAGGCGACAGCUCAGUCAGUGCCACGGUUUACACACUCUCCCUGAAAACCAACCAGUGGAGGACUGCUGAGCCCAUGUUGGAGCCACGAUAUGCCCACCAGAGUGUGUCCUAUCUGCACUUUAUUUUUGUCUUAGGAGGCAUUGGGGUAGACAAGCGAAUCGCUCAGUCAGUAGAGAGGUAUAACAGUAUGUUUAAUCAAUGGGAGGCCAUGGCACCAAUGCCCACGGCAGUGCUGCAUCCAGCUGUUGCAGCCAGUGAUCAGAGGAUCUAUGUUUUUGGAGGAGAAGAUGCCAUGCAGAACCCAGUCAGGCUGAUCCAGGUGUAUCACAUCUCUCGCAACUUGUGGUCAAGGCUAGAGACAAGGACGGUGAAGAACGUUUGUGCCCCUGCUGCCGUCAUAGAGGACAAGAUCUACAUCGUAGGAGGGUACACCAGGCGAGUGAUAGCCUAUGACACCAAAGCCAACAAAUUCGUCAAAUGUGAGAACCUCAAAGAGCGAAGGAUGCAUCACAGUGCUACAGUGAUCAACAACAAGCUGUACGUCACCGGUGGACGCAUCCUCAACAGCCAUGAUGUCAUCGAGGACUCAGACUGCUUCGAGUGUUAUGACCCAAAGACAGACGUUUGGACAUCGAAAGGCUCUUUGCCAUACAAGCUAUUUGACCACGGCUCUCUGCCGCUAGUCUGUGUUUCCAACAGACCCAACCCCCCAUGACCGAUCAUCCAGUCAGCCACUUUUGGCAAAUGCUUAGCUCCAAGUUCUUCACUUCCCCUUUGCCAUGACUUAUUGGCCUCUAACUACACAAAUGGGAAACCAUUUCAGACUGAUGGCAUUCCUUCACGCAGCUCAGUCUCUGCCACAACUUAGCGGCAUGUUAAGUCAGGCGGACUUUAAUGCGAAUCAAAGGAGAGCUCAGCUGAUGUGCAGAGGUGUCAUGU